AUGACCCAAGAACACGUCCUUCCACCGGUUCCUGCCAGGCACGCGGACUUCGUCCCAUACAUCCAAUCCCGGCCCAACAAACCGAUUUCAGAUCUGAUGGGGCCUUACAACGACUAUGAUGCCAUGAUGCGCAGGACUUUCGCCCAGCUGCCAGGCCAUCCGGCCACCAAGGACAAUUUCAUGAACAUUGUGCCACUGUUUGACGCUAGCGGCUCCGUGAACCUGAAAGUCCGCGCUCGUGACCUUUCAGCAGAAUCACAAGAGAUUAAGUCUAAGUAUAUGAUGGUCCUUAAAGAUGAGGACCGCAGACCGGAUGGCUCCCCCGCGGUGGUCGCUAGCCUCAAGGAGUUCCAAACAAAUUUCUCGAUCUUCUGCGAGGGCUCCCUCAGCAAUCUCGACUGGAAUAACGUUGUCGCCGCAGGGAGUGCGGUAGCUACCUCACUGCUACCGAUUCCAGAAAAGUACGCUCAUUCAAAGCGCGGUCUUCGUCAAUUCUACCAUGAAAAGUUUGCACCUGCGUCCGACGUCGAUCUUUUUCUUUACGGUCUAUCUGAGGAGCAGGCAAUGGAGAAGAUUAAGCAAAUUAAAGCAUCCGUCAGGAGCUCAAUUUUACCGGAGACAACUACCGUUCGGACCAAACAUGCCAUUACUAUUACAUACAACGGGCGUCAGGUGUACCUCGCUCCGCGAGCAGUCGGAGCCUACAUCACCCAGAUUAACAAUAUAGAUCUGUCAAGACGCUCGCCAUCCUAUGAAAGCCGCCUGUCAAAGUACUCCCGUAGGGGCUUCGAAAUAUUUUGGCCAGACCUUGACCGUUCCCGGGUCGACCCAAUGAUCUUUGAACGAAACUUCGCACGAACGUUUGGCCUAGCUCGUUUGCUGGUCCUGGAGAAACUGCCGAAGCCCUCCGAUCGGCAAGCAUAUUUGCGUAAAAGACGCCAGGGACGGGGUCGACCCAACAACUACAUUUCCGCAACGCCUCUGGAGGAGUGUCUGAAAGAUGAUCACAACGAUGAGAUCGCAGAUUGCGUCGAAGAGGAUGAAGCGUCAGAAUACCACACCUGCACAAUCCCGUACGGCAUCGAGUUCAAUGCCAAGAAGAUUGAAAAAUGUCUCUAUAAUCAAGAUCAGCUCCUCAAUACGGAAUGGAACCGACCAGAAGGCCGUGGGGUAAACCUGCACCGCCAUCCCGCUUUCUUCGGCAGCGUGGUGGAUGUUAUGAGUGACUGCUGUGGCUAUUGUCCUCAACCAGCCACCCUGGAGGAGCGGGUGGUGGCUGCAAAGGAAGGCAAGCGCUGUGUCGGGCGAUCUAACUUUCCCCAAGGACAACUGUCAAAAUGA